AAAUUAGACCAAGUGCUUUAGAAAGAAAAGAGUUACCUAGAGCUAUAUUUGGCAUUGAGCUUGAGAAGGAAGAUUUCAUUAAAGUGAGAAAAAAUAAUUUUAAAGAAAAAAGUAGGCAAGAGGGGGGAGGCAACUUUCAUUUGCUUUUUGGACUUCACCUCUUUUUGUCUUCUUAUCAAAAUCGCCAAUCCUACUACAACUUCCCUCAUCAUUAUUUUCUCUCUUCUUUGGAACUUCUUGCUCUCAGGAAGGAAGAAAAAUUUAUAAAAAGAAGUUCCAAAGAAGAAACAUAUAAUUAAUAUAUGGCACCUGUUUCAUUGCCCCCGGGUUUUCGUUUUCAUCCAACUGAUGAAGAACUUGUUGCUUACUACUUGAAAAGAAAGAUCAAUGGUAGAAAGAUUGAACUUGAGGUUAUUCCAGAAGUUGAUCUCUACAAAUGUGAGCCAUGGGAUUUACCAGAUAAGUCUUUAUUGCCUAGUAAAGACAUGGAAUGGUACUACUUCAGUCCUCGUGAUCGUAAAUACCCUAACGGAACCAGGACUAAUCGUGCAACGAAAGCUGGGUACUGGAAGGCUACCGGUAAGGACAGGAAAGUAAAUUCACAGAUGAGGCCUAUCGGAAUGAAGAAAACGCUAGUGUAUUAUAGAGGGAGAGCGCCUCAUGGGACUCGAACCGGUUGGGUUAUGCAUGAAUAUCGUUUAGAAGAAAGAGAAUGUGAAGUUGCUAAUGGCUUGCAGGAUGCUUAUGCACUUUGCCGUGUGUUCAAGAAGAGUUUGAAUGCACCAAAAAGUGGAGAUCAUUAUGCUAGUGAUCGAUCAUCUAGCAUUAAUGAUCAGUUGUAUACUGAGGGAAGAGGUGAUGAUUAUGAGAGCCCUGAUUAUGGAAUGCCACCAUCAGCUACAACAAGUUCAUCCAUGCUUCUCCAUGGUUCACCAUUAAUGCAUGUUGCUGGUCCAAGCACUGAUGAUAAAUGGAUGCAAUACUUGUCAGAUGAAGCUUUCACUUUCAACAAUCCAUCAUUUCCCAGUACUAAUGAAGCUUUUCCAUACCACCCAUCUAAGGUUGAUAUAGCAUUAGAGUGUGCAAGGUUGCAGCAUAGAUUUGCAUUACCUCCGUUGGAAGUGCAAGAUUUUCCCCAAGUAGGCUACAUGAUGUCUCAAUCAAAUGAUGUUAUGUAUCAUCAGGGCACAACACAUCAAACUGACAUCGUACAAGAAAUCUUAUCUGUUGACCAAGCUUCACAUGACCUUACAAAUCAAGAUUCAUGGGCUGGAAAUUAUAAUAUUAAUUAUGAAGAUCCCAGUGAUGAUUUCUCUUUUCUUCCUCAUAAUAAUAACCAAAUCCAUCAUGACUUGGAUGAUUCCUUCAAUUUCAUGGAGCAAUUAAAGGCCGAAGAUGAUCAGGAUAAUGCUAGGUGCAUAGCAAUUGGUGAUUUUGAUGAGGAUUUCAAAUCUGAGAGUAUGGUUGAAAGGUUGAGAUGGGUAGGUAUGUCAGAAAAGGAUGACAAGACCUUUCAUGAGGACUACAAGGCAGUUCCAAUAGAAAAUAUUUUAGGUCCCCAUAAAGAGGAACAAGAUCAGCUCCAAGGAGAAUCUAGCGGUCAGCAUAACAACUUCAAUGAAACAGAAGCAAACAAUUUCUCAUUAGGAUUUAGUAAUGAUGACAACUUGUUGGAUGAUGAAGACACAGAUGGUUUUUCAAGUUCUCCAAGCUUUGAAGUUUAUGAGAAAAUUGAACUCAGCCAAGGGAUGUUUAUUGCCACAAGACAAGCAGCCAAUACCUUCUAUCAUCAAGUGGCACCUUCAAAAACAGUCGCAAUCCAUAGAGACCUAGUCACCACAGUGCAUGAUCUUCCCAUAAGGAAAAUAACAAAAAGUGCAACAUUUCUUGACACAUUUAUGGAGUUUUCAAGGAAAACCUUAUCAGGAGUUGUUAUGAAAGUCACAAGGUCUAAUUGGAGGGGAACAGUACUAAGCACUUUGGUAGAAUUGAUUGCACUUUUACAUACAUUUUGGAGUAUGUUGGGGAAUGCUUAAAGAAAGAAGACAAGAAGAAACAAUCAAGAUUGUAGAUGGGAUUAUAAGUGAAAAAAUAUCUCAUUUUCUAAUACAGUAGAAGGGAUAUUUCCACAGGGUUGUGGAAAGAAAUGGCUCUAUUUCUCCCUUUUAUUAACUUACUACGUUAAUUGUUCCUUCUUUCUUGGUAAUAUAUAUAUAUAUAUAUAUAUAUAUAUUUUUGCUUUUGUUUACUAUAGAUUAACUUCUUGUAAUUCUAACGACAAUUAAUUGUUAUUAGGGGAAAGCUUAACUUUCUUCCCGCUGAAGAUUGACACUCAUGUAACCUCUUGAUAUAGAUUAUAUUUGUUCUUUUUCAAUAGCUAA